UUAAAGAGCCGCUGGGCUGGGAGUUGGAGAGCGGAGUGCGGAGCUUGAAACUGACUGGGAACUUGAGUGGCGCCGCGACUUGCCAGUUUCACUCCAGGAACUUUUCUUUGCAGGAGGAGGAGAGAAGGGGUGCAGUCGCCCCCCGCUUUUUGCUUUCUUCCCCCCCUCCUCUCCAAUUCGCCUUCCCCCACUUGGAGCGGGCAGCUGCGGGCUGGCCCCCGCGCGCCUUCCUAAAAGCUCGCCGCUGCGGCCGAGUGACGCGCCAGGCUCCCCGGGAGCCGCUCGCCCCGCGUCCGGGCAGCCGAGGGGAGAGUAGCCCGCGCCUCGAGCCCCCGAGCCGCCGCGGCUUCUCGCCUUUCCCGGCCACCCGCCCCCUGUCCCGGGCCUGCGUAUGAAUCUCCUGGACCCCUUCAUGAAGAUGACCGACGAGCAGGAGAAGGGCCUGUCCGGCGCCCCCAGCCCCUCCAUGUCCGAGGACUCGGCGGGCUCGCCCUGCCCUUCGGGCUCCGGCUCCGACACCGAGAACACGCGGCCCCAGGAGAACACGUUCCCCAAGGGCGAGCCGGACCUGAAGAAGGAGAGCGAAGAGGACAAGUUCCCCGUGUGCAUCCGCGAGGCCGUCAGCCAGGUGCUCAAGGGCUACGACUGGACGCUGGUACCCAUGCCGGUGCGCGUCAACGGCUCGAGCAAGAACAAGCCGCACGUCAAGCGGCCCAUGAACGCCUUCAUGGUGUGGGCGCAGGCGGCGCGCAGGAAGCUCGCCGACCAGUACCCACACCUGCACAACGCCGAGCUCAGCAAGACGCUGGGCAAACUCUGGAGACUGCUGAAUGAGAGCGAGAAGCGGCCCUUCGUGGAGGAGGCGGAGCGGCUGCGCGUGCAGCACAAGAAGGACCACCCGGAUUACAAGUACCAGCCGCGGCGGAGGAAGUCGGUGAAGAACGGCCAGGCGGAGGCCGAGGAGGCCACAGAGCAGACGCACAUCUCCCCCAACGCCAUCUUCAAGGCGCUGCAGGCCGACUCGCCGCACUCCUCCUCCGGCAUGAGCGAGGUCCACUCCCCCGGCGAGCACUCCGGGCAAUCGCAGGGUCCACCGACGCCACCCACCACCCCCAAAACCGACGUGCAGCCGGGCAAGGCUGACCUGAAGCGAGAGGGGCGCCCACUGCCAGAGGGGGGCAGACAGCCCCCCAUCGACUUCCGCGACGUGGACAUCGGCGAGCUGAGCAGCGACGUCAUCUCCAACAUCGAGACCUUCGACGUGAACGAGUUCGACCAGUACCUGCCGCCCAAUGGCCACCCGGGGGUGCCGGCCACGCACGGCCAGGUCACCUACACGGGCAGCUACGGCAUCAGCAGCACAGCUGCCACCCCGGCGGGCGCUAGCCACGUGUGGAUGUCCAAGCAGCAGGCGCCGCCGCCGCCCCCGCAGGCGCCCCCGCCGGCCCCGCCGGCGCCCCCGCAGCCGCCCGCGCAGGCGCCCCCCCAGCCGUCCGCGCAGGCGCCCCCGCAGCCGCCCGCGCAGGCGCACACGCUGACCACGCUGAGCAGCGAGCCGGGCCAGGCCCAGCGAACGCACAUCAAGACGGAGCAGCUGAGUCCCAGCCACUACAGCGAGCAGCAGCAGCACUCGCCUCAGCAGAUCGCCUACAGCCCCUUCAGCCUCCCGCACUACAGCCCGUCCUACCCGCCCAUCACCCGCUCGCAGUACGACUACACUGACCACCAGAACUCCGGCUCCUACUACAGCCAUGCGGCGGGCCAGGGCUCCGGCCUCUACUCCACCUUCACCUACAUGAACCCGGCGCAGCGGCCCAUGUACACCCCCAUCGCCGACACCUCCGGGGUCCCUUCCAUCCCGCAGACCCACAGCCCCCAGCACUGGGAACAGCCCGUCUACACACAGCUCACCAGACCUUGAGGAACGCUUAGAGAGCGACGAUGGCCAUGAUGAUCGUAAAAAGAACCCAAGAAAUAACGCAACCAACCAGAAUUUCCUUUGGACAUUUUUUUUUUUCUUACCUUUAAAGACAUGUACGCUGAAGGCAAGUCGAACUCAGAUUACAAGACAGAAACAUUGACUAUCCAAACGCAUUACCACCUUGUUGUGAAUCAGUGGCCAGGCCACUCUUGGCUAGACGGACCAGCAGAACCGACGGGAAACUGGACUGGAAACCUUCAAAGCAAGCGUGGAGGGUGAUGGAGAUUCGUGUGACCAGUUGGCUCAGUCUCUCUGCCUGUUUGGACUUUGUAAUUAUUUUUUAGCAGUAAUUAAAGAAAAAAGUCCUCUGUGAGGAAUAUUCUCUAUUUUAAAUAUUUUUAGUAUGUACUGUGUAUGAUUCAUUACCAUUUUGAGGGGAUUUAUACAUAUUUUUAGAUAAAAAAAAUUAAAUGCUCUUAUUUUUCCAACAGCUAAACUACUUAGUCGAACAGCGUGCCCUAGCUUUUCUUGCAACCAGAGUAUUUUUGUACAGAUUUGCCUUCUCUUACAGACAAACAGACAAAAAAAAGUGUGUGUUGUAUUAACCUACAGAAGCCACAGAUUUGUGUUACGUGAUCAGUUUGGGGGGUUAGCUUUGCUUAAUCCCUCGGGCUUUCUGAUUCAAGGAGGAGUUGCCGUAGAAAAAUCAGGGCCUUACUUUGCAAAUACGGAAGUAAACAAUAGUCUAGAGACGAUUUGGUAAGCAUUUGGUAAGCUUUAUCAUAUAUAUGUUUUUUGAACGAGAAAAACACCUUAAAGCCUUAAAACCAUGCUGCUGGAAAAUCCUUGUGCCCUCUUCUAGUGCAUUUAUCCUCCUGUGUUUGCUCGCUCACCGCAACCUUAAGAAAGAAGCAAAAAGCAAGCAAAGGAGACGAAAUCUGUUUGGGGAAUGUUUCAGCAGCCAAUACGGUGCCCCAGCACACUGCCCCCUGGUUGCCUGCCCGGGCCCCAUGUGGAACACAGAUGCUAGAAUCCUCUCACUUACACUGUCACCUGUGCCUCUCUGAAAACCAGCAGUUAACUUCAAGACAUUCCAUGUGCUAAGAUUAUUUAUUUUGUAAGGAGAGGUUUUAAUUAAAAACAACAAAAAAAUCUUCCUCUUUUUUUUUUAAUUUUUUAAAUUUACCUUCUUUAAAAUAGGUUGUUGGAGCCGCGUCCUCAAAGGGUAUGGUCAUCUGUUGUUAAAUUAUGUCCUUAACUGUAACCAGUUUUUUUUAUUUAUCUCUUUAAUCUUUUUUUUUAUUAAAAACAAGUUUCUUUGGAUUCCUUGUCCUAGAUUUGUAUAAAUGCCUUUUUGUCUGUCCUUUUUUUUUUUCCUCUUUGUUGUUUU